CCUCCGUUUCCACUCGCCAGCCUCUUCAAGCCGGGUCCUCUUCUUCCUCUCCUUGCCUAACCCGAACUUUUCUUCCCCUUCCUCUCUUCCCCCAUCUCCGCCGUGACAACUUCGACACGCGCACGCACACAGCACACCACCAUCAUCAUCAAUCGAUUCCCAAGCUGCUUCCAUCUCAUCAUCACUUUCAACUCCCGACUACAUUGGCAUUGCGCAUCCAGCUGCGCCUCUCUGCCUGGACGGCUCUGCCGCUGUCAACACACAAAGCCCCCUCUCAGCUAGCGGAUCUUACUAAAGGCAGGUCGCGCCUUGUCUUCCUGCACCCACCGAUUGAAGGGAGCCCCAUCGCCGCGACGGCCAAAUUUUCCGUGUCACGGCUACCACAACAGACUCAGCACAUCGUCUUUUAUCGUCGACGCUCGAACAAACAUAAAUUCCUCAUCUCCCGACUCACUCGAUCAUCUAGCUUAUAUCGACUUACUCCCCCAGCCGCCCGGCGAACUGUAGACUUCCAGCUUUGAGCAGUCUAUUCGACAGCAAUCGUAACCAUGUCCAUGUAUCCGCAUCGCGCCAUGGGCGCGGUGCCCCCCAACAAUUCGGCCCGGCUCAAUGAGCUCCUAGACCAGAUCAGAACCGAGUUUGACACGCAGCUGCGCCAGACCGAGGGCUACGAACACCAGAUCCAGUCUCAAGUUCAGGAGAUGCAGCUGGUCAGAGAAAAAGUGUACGCGAUGGAGCAGGCGCAGAUGAAUUUGAAGCAAAAGUACGAGGAAGAGAUUGCUAUGCUCCGCCGCCAACUUGAGGGAGCUCGCGGGAACGCGCCUCCCAGCAUCGGCGGACCUCCCCCCCACGCCGGACCGUCGCAACAGCCCCCUUCCAUCACUCCCGGUACUGGACUCUUCAACGGCAUCAUGACGGGUGGUGGCCAGGCUCAGUUGGCCCCUCCCCCUCCUCCCCCUCCGCCCCAGGACCAGCAAAUGGGCCCGCAGCAUCAGAUGGCACAGGGCCCUCCGGGUCUACCCGGCCCCCCCCCGCCGCCGCCUCAGUCGCAGCAGCCCUUCCCGCAAUACCCCCAAGGUCCCGGUGGUCCCGUCUCUAACGGCCUUGGCUCUCAACCUCCUCAGACGACAGCGUCUCCCGGCCCCGGCAGGCGCGGAAUCGGACGCCCCCCUGCGGCUGUUGGCCCAGCCACUCCCCAGAUCAACACUCCGAUUCCCUUUCCCGGCACCACUCAAUCGCCUCAAGUUAGCCACCCGACCCCUGAUCACGCGCGUAUAGGCGGCCCCCACGCUCCUCCUGUGGGAAACGCUCUUGGCGAUCUCGACCCUGAUCGCUUGCCUCCCCAUUCUAAGAAAUCGGGUCACGACUGGUUCGUUAUAUUCAACCAGCAUGUUCCUCGGAUGCUUGACGUCGAUCUGGUUCACACUCUUGCGCACGAGAGCGUUGUCUGCUGUGUGCGCUUCAGCCACGAUGGCAAGUACGUGGCCACUGGUUGCAACCGAUCCGCGCAGAUUUACGACGUCCAGUCCGGCGAGAAGCUGUGCGUUCUCCAGGAUGACACUGUCGACAUCACGGGCGAUCUUUACAUCCGCAGCGUCUGCUUCAGCCCCGACGGCAAGUAUCUUGCCACUGGUGCUGAGGACAAGUUGAUUAGAGUCUGGGAUAUCCAGUCUCGGCAAAUUCGCAACACUUUCGCCGGCCAUGAGCAAGAUAUCUACUCGCUCGACUUCGCCCGCGACGGUCGGACGAUUGCUUCCGGAAGCGGCGACCGGACCGUCCGUCUCUGGGAUAUCGAGCAGGGCACCAACACCCUCACCUUAACCAUUGAAGACGGUGUCACGACUGUCGCCAUCUCACCUGAUACCAAGUAUGUGGCUGCCGGCUCUCUUGACAAGAGCGUCCGUGUUUGGGACAUUCACCAGGGCUACCUCCUGGAGCGUCUGGAGGGCCCUGAUGGCCACAAGGAUAGUGUGUACAGUGUUGCCUUCUCUCCCAAUGGUAGAGACCUGGUCAGUGGUAGUCUGGACAAGACUAUCAAGAUGUGGGAGCUUAGCACGCCUCGGGGCCUGCCCAACCCUGGACCUAAGGGCGGACGCUGCGUCAAGACCUUCGAAGGCCACAGAGAUUUCGUUCUCUCCGUCGCUCUGACCCCCGAUGCCGCCUGGGUCAUGUCUGGUUCCAAGGACCGUGGUGUGCAAUUCUGGGACCCUCGUACUGGCGCCACGCAGUUGAUGCUUCAGGGACACAAGAACAGCGUAAUCUCCGUUGCGCCCAGCCCGACGGGAGGCUACUUCGCCACCGGCUCAGGUGACAUGCGGGCACGCAUCUGGUCUUACCGAAGUGUCCAGUAGGAGGCUGAAAUUGAGCUUCGUGAGUGGCAGAUGUGUAUACCAAAUGGCGGUUUCGAGUAGGGAGUGGGAGCUCUGAUACUGGGGGGGUUGUGGUCAAAUUAGUUGUCCCUGUCUCUAUGUCUUGGGAUAUCCUUAGUCGAAGAGACGGACAGGACGGAUGGGGCGCACAGGCAGGGACAUGUCGGAAUCUCGUAUCAAAUAGCCAUCGCUAAUGAAAGUUUUUGUAACUUC